AUGGACAUGCUCUCGCAAAAUGCUAGCACGCCCCUACCGUCACUACCAGCCCCAGUAGCGCAGAAGCCAAGACCAACAUCAACGCUCUCGUUCCCGCUCCCACGCAACCUCAUCCUAAGCCCAUCAGACUCAGACAGCGACUCAGCAACUAACACACCACCCCUCUCACCAAGCCUGAGCAUCUCCAGCUCCGGCUCCUCCGCCCUAUCAGACUCCGAAGAAGUCGACUUCUCCGACCUCGACCUUCAAAAUGGUGCAGCGCAACUACGUGAUCGCCAUCAUCGUGCUAGUCCUAUUCUUCGUACUGGGAGUCGUCGGGUACGCGAUCUAUGCGGUGCAGAACAAGGUCAGCUUGUUCGCGAGGAGAGGGGAGAAGGAUCUGGAGGAGGACGAGGAAUGAUCACGGCUGCUCGUCACGGAGCGAGCUCGAAGAUUGAAGGAGGUCAUGUCGAGGAGCCAGAUGGCGGUUCGGUGACGAGGCGAAGAAGCGCGAAGCAAAAGUCCCACGUGAGGUCGAGGCUGAAGGUCCGCUUCGCGCUCCCGGAGCCAGCUGUGAUGAUCGCAGACCAGAGCAUGGAGCCUCGCGAAUGCGACCAACAACGGCAGCAUUCGGCUGAGGUCGAUCAAGUACACGACGCUGCGCUGAAAGCGUUCAAGCACAAGAUCUCCCUCCUCUCGUCGCCUGCGCCGCCAGCAGCGCCGCCUCCACCGAAGGCCUCGAAUAUUAUGCUCUCCGAUGCCACCAGCAAGGACGGAUGGCACAGACGUAAGGACCGCGUCGUCAGUGGCGAUCCAUCAGCGCCCGCAAACCAAGGAGGCGCAUUUCCAAUGAGGUACUCCUACCUCACUGAAUCCUGGCAGACGCAUGCGAAUAUCGCCGCCGCCGCUACUCCCGCCACGACGGGAAGGAGGGUGAGUGAUCGCGUUCGAGGUGACGAUGGGGGUUGGAGCUGGUUCUGA